UGAUAGUCAGCCGCAGCAAGUCACAGUGAAAUAUAUCUAUCUUUUUUUUUUCCCCCAAGAGAAAUGCCAUUGCGGCGGAUGUGUAAAAUAGAAGUAGCCCAAAAACCCGCGACCAAUACAUUUCCACCCGCGACAUCGUAUUCAAAGUAGCAACAUUUCUGGAAACCGGCUGACAUGGCAAUCUUGCUUUUCGUAACUCUGCUAGUCCGGAUGGAACGCACCUACACAAUCAAGGAUUAGCUGUCGACUACCGAUCAAUCGAACUAAGAGCGGAAGUCGGAGAAUGCACGAUGACAAGAAGCUCGCUUGAUAUUAAAGAAACAAAAGCCCCAAAUAGCUAUCGCAUAAGUGUUCCAACAGAACGGUUAAUACACGUGUGUUUCUAGUAAAUGUUUAAAUAUUUGUUCAUCCAAAAGAGGGGAUUAGACAUUUGAAGAAAGAAAGGAUGGACCCAGCCUUGUUGAGAGAGCGGGAGCUCUUUAAGAAGAGGGCUCUCUCUCAGCCCACGGUCGAGAAGAGACCUGCAGCCUCCGAGUCGGGCGGUUCCAAGAAGAAGAAGUCCAAAGCUGACAAGGAGGCCUCCGGGUCCAAACAUGGCGCAGACACCAGUAAUGGUAACUUUAACCUGAAGGCUCUGACAGGCAGCUCUGGCUACAAGUUUGGUUGCCUGGCUAAGAUAGUCAACUACAUGAAGACCAGACACCAGCGUGGUGAUACUCACCACUUGACUGUGGAGGAGAUUCUAGAUGAGACCAAACUACUGGACAUCGGCAUGAAGCAGAAACAAUGGCUGAUGACUGAGGCGCUGGCCAGUAACCCUAAGAUAGAGGUGAGGGAUGGGAAAUAUGCCUUCAAGCCCAAAUAUCACCUGAAGGACAAGAAAGCCCUGCUCAGACUGUUGGAUAAACAUGACCAGCUGGGACUGGGAGGAUUACUGCUAGAUGAUGUGGAGGAGGGACUACCUAACUCUGCCAAGGCACUAAAGGUUUUGGGAGACCAGAUCAUCUUUGUGACAAGACCAGACAAGAAGAAGAUUCUGUUCUAUAAUGAUAAACACUGCCAGUUUACGGUUGACGAAGAGUUCACCAAGCUGUGGCGGAGUAUCCCAGUGGACUCUAUGGAUGAAGAGAAGAUAGAGGACUAUCUCAAGAGACAGGGCAUCUCCUCCAUGCAGGAGACUGGACCCAAGAAAGUUUUACCAAUCAAGAGGAAGAAGCCAGGUGGACAGAAGAAGAGACGCUUCAAGACUCACAACGACCAUCUGGCUGGAGUACUGGAGGACUACUCAGAGGGCGUACCCGCUAAGAAGUGAUGUCACUUCCUGGUUAUACCCCUCCCACUUCCUCUUCCCUGGCCCAGUGAGAGAGGGGUGACCUGGGAGUUGUUGUUUUUGUAGUUUGUUUUGGCCGUAAAUAAACUUUUUUUUAUUUGUCUCACCAAAACUACAAUGAAGAUGAGAAGAGACAAUUGCGGUGUCUCAAAAGUGUGAACUUGCUUCCUUUUCUUGUGUCCUUUCCUCCCCGAUGAUAAAGGAGAGGAGAUGAGGAAAGGAAGCCAUUUUAGAACAUUGAGACACAAGAUGGCUGACUGAUAGACUGAAGUGAAGUCCUUGCCAAACACACUGACCUAAAGAGGCGCUCGCUGUCCUUUUUGAGAAUACUGUACCAGUUUGGUUCUAAGCAGGAAUACAAAAGGAGAAUGGCUUUAGGGAAGCAAAAAUUACGGUUAAAUUUCCCAGAAAUCCCAGGUUUUCCAGAAAUCCCAGUUGGAAUAUUCCUGUAAUGACAAAUUCCCUGGAAUCUGGUAAUACUCCAAUGGGGAUGUCUGGAAAACCAUAGGGGAUUCUGGGAAGGUUCCAACCUUAGAAGGGGUUGUAUGUGUAAAUGUCUGGCACACGAUGGACACUGCGCGUGUGAUAUUGGAGAGAGAAUGUGUGUGAAAGUGUUUAAAAAAAAAAUAAUAGCAGUCGUAUCAUCUGUUGUGGUUGUUCCUUAUAUUCAUUUA